AUGAGAAUUGGAAACGUGUGGAUGUCCUUUUGGGUUACACUUACUCGGAUCUUAGAACAUGCCAUUAAUUUCAUUAAGAGAAGUACCCUCAAAAUCCUCUCAAUGGGUCCAAUUCCUAAUCAUGUGGCAUUCAUCCUCGAUGGGAACAGAAGAUUUGCCAAGAAACAAAAGCUGGUGAAAGGGUUUGGCUAUAAGUUUGGGUAUAUAGCUUUAAUGUUCAUGCUCAAGUACUGCUACGAACUGGGCGUGACGUAUGUCACGAUCUACGUCUUCAGCAUUGACAACUUCAAAAGAAGCCCACAAGAAGUUGAUGCCGUGAUGGAUUUGAUAUUGGAAAAGGUUGAAUUGUGGAUUAAAGGAGAAGGGUUUGUGUAUGAAUAUGGAAUAAGGCUUCACUUCUUGGGAGACUUGAAUUUGUUGAGUGAACCUGUGAGGGAAGCUGUUGAUAGAGCUAUGGCAGCCACCAAGAACAACAAUGGAGCUGUUCUUGCUAUCUGUGUUGCUUACACUUCCACGGAUGAGAUUGUUCAUGCUGUUGAAAGGGCUUGUGAAGAAAAAUGGGAUGAGAUUAUGAACUCAAAAAGAGUAGCUGUGGAUGAACAUGGGGAGCUCAAGUUGAUAACAUUAGGCGAUGUCGAGAAGCAUAUGUACGCUGCGGUUACGCCCGAUCCCGAGCUCUUGAUUCGCACGUCGGGAGAGGCUCGUUUGAGCAAUUUUCUCUUGUGGCAGACCUCUUGUUGUUAUUUGUAUUCUACUUCUGUGCUUUGGCCAGAAGUUAAUGUUUGUAAUUUUAUGUGGGCAAUUUUGAAUUUUCAAAGAAACCAUUUUUAUUUGGUUAGGAAGAGGAAAGAGUUAAAGGUUGUAAGAGAGUGAUUCAUGUUCUU